UCCAAUUCUCUCUCGCGCUAGCUCAUUUGAUUUUUCUCUUCGUCUCUUUUACCCCUCUUGAUUUUUAUCUGGUCUUCUACUCCUUCAACCCUCUCUCUCGUUUUGGUCUCAAGAGAAAAUGGGGAAGCAGACCAAACCUAAAAGAUCGCCCAAUAUCGGGAAAGGGAAGGUGACUCCAGUGCAGAUUGCAUUCAUAGUGGAUCGGUAUCUUUCGGAUAACAAGUUUUCCGAAACACGAUCUGCCUUCCGAUCUGAAGCGUCUUCCUUCAUCUCCAAAUCUUCAGUUCGCGAGGCACCGAAGGGUUUACUGAGUUUGGAGGCAAUCCUGAACGAGUAUAUAGGCUUGAAGGAGCUUAAGGUGAUUCUCGAGCAGGAAAGGGCUUGUUUAGAUCAAGAGAAAUUCAGGGUCCAGAGCCUUUUGCAAGGCAUGCAAGAUGCGAUGAACUCCUACAAUGCAAGUGCAAAUGUACCUGCUCCUGUGAUUCAUGCACCUGCUUCUGCUGCAACUCAAUCAAUGGCCGUGGUUCCUCAAUCCAACCCUUCUGGCCCUCCUGUUUACAACGCCCGAGCUGUGAUGCCUGUUUCUGUUCCCUCUAAUAUCAGAAUGGAGUCUGCCAAUCUAUCCUCAGUAGGACAGUCAGUACCAAGAAAAAGAAAGAGUUCUGAGGCUUGUCCUCCAGUUCCUCCAGCUACUAGACAGACUCGAAGCAAGGUGCCAACCAAAUCUGCAAGCAUAGCUGAUAAAGCCUCAAACUCUUGCAAUGCAUUCAACGCAGCUCAGCCCUCCGUUGUCAUUCAAUCAUUGACUAACAAUUAUGCAACUGAUGGAUCACAAGUUGAAGUAUUCAGUGUCACUAAGCCCAAUCAGCCUUCACUCUCUCCUGCAGCCAAUGCAUCUUAUCCUCAGACUCCACCACAGGCAGUUUCCUCCCAGAAUGACAAAUCCAUCUCUCCCCUGGGCGUCUCUUUGACUGCUAACUGCAGUAACAACAAUACUCCUCAGGAGAUCACUCCUACAAAUUGUACAGUGAUUUCAACAGAGAGAAUUAGAGUUAGUCCUUUGAAAGGAAUGGGAUGCUACACCAUGGAGAGGACCCAUUGUAUAUCCUCAUCACCAGCCAAGGCAAAUUCAAAAAGACUGAGUAAAAGAGAUCAUGUGAAAGGAAGGCUAGAUUUUGAUGGUUCUGGUGCUAUAGUGAGCUCGGACAGACCAAUCACUAAUGAGAUUCUGAAAUCAGAAUCUGAGAAGGAAAUGGAUAAUAUAUUUGACAUGGAUUUACUAAACUUAGAUGCAUUUGGGGAGAAUUUCUCUUUCUCGGACCUGUUAACUGAUUUGGAUCUUGGCUGUGAAGGAAUGGGCUGCCCAUGCCAGCCAAUUCCAGAUGCUUCAGUUAACAAUGUUUCAGGGUCAUCUCCUGAGCCAAGGGAUGAAAAUCUAGCAUCUGAUCAGUUUGUGUCAGAAUAUUCAUCAAUUGUGACGAAAUUGAUUUCAGGCAAAGACAUGAAUAUUGAAGGCUCUGAUUCUGUGACUGCAAUGAAGUCCGUAACUAAAUGCAUUAGAAUUUUAAGCCCUGCAAAAGGUCGCAAGCAGGAGAAAGUUAGACAUGCAGUUGAUUAAUUGAAGUUUAAGAUGGCAAGUAGAUUGACAUGGUAGUACCUUGGAGGAGAUUGCUCGAGACUUUGAGCCUUAAAUUUCUGAAGAAAACUGAAUUGUGAUAGACAUUGAUUUAUAGCAGAGUUAAACAAUGGUCUAACUAUUGAAAAAUAAGUAUUUAUUCUUCAAUACAGAAUUUUUUUUCAUUUAGCUCCAUUCUUGUUUUGUCUCAUUUGUAUAUUCCAACGAAUGUUACUGGUGGAAAUUGAAUA